GGAGAUGAUCAAGACGAUCAAGGACACCCAGCGCGGGAGGCCGCACCCUUCCAAAGAAGUUCUGGGCUUAUUCUGAUUUGGUUAGCUGCUUACCCCAUCUUAGUGCCUAGUGCAAAACCUUUUUUCUUGCUGGGCGCCGAGUUUCGGAACGUGGACAGCAUGCGCAUUUACAAGAUCUACAAGCACACCAAGCAUGAGA